AUGGUUACUAUAAGAUAUGAAAUGAGGCAAGCAGUGACUGGAUACUUUGUACUUGUCCUCGUCCAAUCAUUAAAUAUGGUACACAGUUCCUAUAAACAAGGGCGUGAUUGGUAUCAUGUGGGAGCAAUGAGUCUAAUUACGGCAAGACGACUUUGGUGGUUUUCAAUCUGCCUUACCUAUGGUGCACACUUGCGAUUUAUCUGA